AUGGGGCCAUAUGGCAAGGCGGGGGCGGCCACAGUGAUCUGCAUGGACAAGGAUGGCAACUAUUUGGGAGCGUCAGCAGUCACCAUCGAGGGUCUGGUGGAUGCAGCAAGUCUUGAAGCACAUGCCUGCAACGAGGCUCUUGCUCUGGCAAGAGACCUCAACGUCACACAUGCGAUCAUAGCUUCGGAUUGCAUGCAAGUUGACAAUCAAGGAAAGCUUCUGGCACGAGUCGCUGCUGCCGCUGCGUGGUUCAAGUCCAUGCUCGUGCUGGCUGCGCAGCUGAUGGGAGGUUAUAGUUUCGCCCCGGGCCCCCGAAAUCUCUGGACCGGCCCUGCUGCAACCCCGCCGCGUAUAGGCAUCGCUGCCCUCGACGACGUGGUCGCGGCCACACCGGCGGCGCGCAAGAGUCAAAGAGCGCCGGCCACUCCCACUCCCACACGCAGCGGCCACUUCCACCGGCUCGAGGUGAUUGGCGCAGGAACAUUUGGCGUCGUCUACCGGGUCAGGGACCGCCGCACAGGAGAGAUCGUGGCGAUGAAGUGUCUUCGUGCGAGCGAUGACGGCGACGCCGGCCGCUACCUCUCCGACUUCGCGGCCGAGGUCAGCGCCCUCGAGGCGUGCAGUGGCCACCCAUCCAUCGUGCAGCCGCGCGCCUCCGGCCACCUCGGCAGCAAGGCCUUCCUCGCCAUGGAGUUUGUGGGGCCGACCCUUAGGUAUGUCAUGAAGCAUGUCCGAUACGGGAGGAGGCACACUGAGCUGGAGGUUCGCUUACUCAUGAGGCAACUUUGCGCCGGCGUGAGGUGGAUGAAUCGCCUCGGCCUGAUGCACCGUGACCUCAAGCCGGACAACGUGCUUGUCGACAACCACGGGAACCUCAAGAUCUGCGACUUAGGACUGUCGUGCAGCAUGGCCGAUGGGCCGCCCUACUCCAACCCCGUCGGGACACGGGGAUACUGCGCGCCAGAGCUCCUCCUCGGGUGCACCAAUUACGACGAGCAUGUCGACUCAUGGGCUCUUGGCAUCAUGAUGGCUGAGCUCCUUGCCGGCAAGCACCCUUUCCAUGGGAGGUCAGAUACGGAGGACCUCGGCAAGAUCUUGGACCUUCUCGGCACAGCUGACAUCAAAGAGUGGUCAGGCUACAAUGGACGCCGUCUGCCCGGCGGAUGCCAACUAGGAAGCUUUCUGCGGAAUAAGUUCCCUUGUCAGGUUGAGGCCAGGAUGAAAGGCCUGCCGACAUUGUUAGAGGCUGGUUUCGAGGUCUUGAGCGGUCUUCUACGAUGCAACCCGGAGAAGAGGCUCACGACGGAGCAAGCGCUCAAGCAUCGGUGGUUCAAGGAGGCCAACCCUAGGGCUACAAGGAGUUGAUUGAUGAAAGUGCAUGACCUACAACGCAUCUGAUUUGUGUAAAUUACAAAUGUAAACAUCAUAUAUGGCUUGAACGAAUGUGCAUGGGUGAAGUACUGAGGUAUGAGAUAAGUAAGCAGGAGCUGUUCAUGUGGAUCACCACCACACACAUUGU